AGAGCUGCAUCAGAGUGUCAAAUGUCGCACAUCUUUCAAAAUUGAAACUGUACAGUCUUUUAGUUAAGUUAAGCAGACGUUUUUGAGCCUGAACAUUUGAGAACUCAGGAAAUGUGGAGAUCUACAGGAUUCAAUUUUAUUUUGGGAUUAUUGGUUUUUCUGGGUACAGCUACGGACGAUAAAGCAGAAGUGAUCAAGACCAACUAUGGUUAUGUUCGAGGAAUCGUCAAGAAAACGAAUAUAAACGAGAGGGAAGUUCUAAAAUUUCCCAACAUACCGUAUGCUGAGCCUCCAGUUGGUCAAUUUAGAUUUGAAAAACCAAGACCUAAGUUGGCAUGGAAUGGUACGAUGAAUUUAACUGAAGAUGUUAUCGCUUGUCUUCAACCUCAGCAACCCGGGUUCAGAAUAACUGAGGAUUGUUUAGUUUUGAACGUGUGGACACCAUAUCCACGACGUAACAAAUCACUGGCUGUCAUGGUUUGGAUACACGGUGGAGGAUUUCGUUUUGGCGCCUCGGGUCAAUACGAUGGAGCAAAUUUUGUCGUCCUGGGUGACGUUAUUCUUGUUACAAUCAAUUACAGACUGGGUGCUCUUGGUUUUCUCACAACACCCGACAAAAAGAUUAAAGCUAACCUUGGUCUCUUUGAUCAACGUUUGGCUUUAAAAUGGGUAAAAGAAAACAUCAAAAAUUUCGGCGGGGAUCCUGAAUUAAUCACCAUAUUUGGGCAGAGUGCAGGUGGUGCAAGCGUUUCCGCGCACACAAUAUCAAAAGAAAGUUCGAAGUAUUUCAAAAGAGCCAUAGCUCAAAGUGGAAACAUGCUUAAGCCCUGGGCAACUGCGACAGACAAACAAUUGAACGACUCCUUGAAAUGGUUUCUGAGUGAAGUGAAGUGUCCAGAUAACGAGGUUCUACUGGAGUGUAUGAAAAAUGUAAGCGAAGUCAAAUGGAAGCAAGUCACUAACAGGAAGAACUAUAGAAAUAUACUAGAAAUUGUAACUGCGCCCUACGUCGACGGAGGAUUUUUCAUUGAGCAUCCGCAGAAACUGUGGAAAGAAAAAAAGGUGCCACAAAAAGAUAUCAUAAUUGGAGUCACCAAGGAUGAAAUGUAUUUGUCCGUGCAGUAUUUGCUUUCGCACUCACGAAAUAUAAGUAUCUAUCUCAAUUAUUUUGAAAAGCAGUUAGAGGCGUAUUUCGGCAAAAACACAUCAAAAGUCGUCUACGACAAGGCGAGAGAGUUUUACAAACCCGCUUGCAUUCCUUCAUUCUUGGAAGCAAUGAAACCGAGUAUAGCGUUUGAGUCCGACGUAAUGUUUAUUUGUAGUAGCGUGGAAGAAACCAAGCUGAGAUCAAACAUCUCAUCAAACAUGAUGAACGGCAGCAACUUGUACCUUUAUCUGUACUCACAUGUACCGUUGGUAACAUAUGAAACCUCCCUGUAUCCUUAUGGAAUAUUCGAGUUUUCAACUCAUGGUUUGGAUGUUUAUUCAGUAUUUGGUUGGCCUGUCAAUAAUAAACAGUUUCUAAUCGAUGAUCAGACAUUGGCAAUGAGAAUGGUUUUAUACUGGACAAAUUUUGCCAGAACAGGAAAUCCAAAUUUGGGCAGAACUAAACUACCAAUUGUGUUGAACAAUAUCGACAGUUUACCAAAAUGGCCGAAGUACAGCAUACAAAAACAAGAAUAUCUCGACAUGGGAAGCUAUUCAAAAAUGAAUGUUGGAACAAAACUGCGAGACAAACAUUGUGAAUUCCUUAAAGAUCCAAAAGCAUUCCUUACAGCAAGGUCCUAGGCAAAUAAAUAAACAAAUUAUUUCAUUGCCUGCCAUCACGUGUGUAGCGAUCUUCAUAGCGUUAAGCUGAUAAAGUAAUAUAUAGUUAGCAAAUAAAUAAAGGAGAUUGAUUUUCUUUUUAGUGGUUAAA